AGUCUGGAGCAAUUAGGCUCAGUCCGGGGAGAGCCAGCGAGCGAGCGAGCGGGCGGCGCAGCCGGCGCGUCUGGGCAGCCUCGCUGGGAGGGAGGGGGCGGCCGGCCGCCCGGCGGCGACUCCGGGCCCCGGCCGCCACCAUGGGCUUCGAGCUGGACCGCUUCGACGGGGACGUGGACCCGGACCUGAAGUGCGCGCUGUGCCACAAGGUCCUGGAGGACCCUCUGACCACGCCGUGUGGCCACGUCUUCUGCGCCGGCUGCGUGCUGCCCUGGGUGGUACAGGAGGGCAGUUGCCCCGCGCAUUGCCGCGGUCGCCUCUCGGCCAAGGAGCUCAACCACGUCCUGCCGCUCAAACGCCUGAUUCUCAAGCUGGACAUCAAGUGCGCUCACGCGGCGCGCGGCUGCGGCCAGGUGGUCAAGCUGCAGCAGCUGCCCGAGCACCUCGAGCGCUGCGAGUUCGCGCCCGCGCGCUGCCGCCACGCGGGCUGCGGCCAGGUGCUGCUGCGGCGCGACGUGGAGGCGCACAUGCGCGAUGCGUGCGAUGCGCGGCCGGUGGGCCGCUGCCAGGAAGGCUGCGGGCUGCCCCUGACGCACGGCGAGCAGCGGGCGGGCGGCCACUGCUGCGCGCGGGCCCUGCGGGCGCACAACGGCGCACUGCAGGCCCGCCUGGGCGCGCUGCACAAGGCGCUCAAGAAGGAGGCGCUGCGCGCGGGCAAGCGCGAAAAGUCGCUGGUGGCGCAGCUGGCCGCCGCACAGCUGGAGCUGCAGAUGACCGCUCUGCGCUACCAGAAGAAGUUCACCGAGUACAGCGCGCGCCUCGACUCGCUCAGCCGCUGCGUGGCCACGCCGCCAGGCGGCAAGGGUGAAGAAACAAAAAGCUUGACUCUUGUUCUGCACCGAGACUCUGGCUCACUGGGAUUCAAUAUUAUUGGUGGCCGGCCAUGUGUGGACAACCAAGAUGGAUCGUCCAGUGAAGGAAUCUUUGUGUCCAAAAUAGUUGACAGUGGGCCGGCAGCCAAGGACGGAGGCCUGCAGAUUCAUGACAGGAUUAUUGAGGUCAACGGCAAAGACUUAUCCAGAGCAACUCAUGAUCAGGCUGUGGAAGCUUUCAAGACAGCCAAAGAGCCCAUCGUGGUACAGGUGUUGAGGAGAACGCCUCGAACCAAAAUGUUCACGGCUCCAUCAGAGUCACAGAUGGUGGACAUGGGAACCCAGACCGACAUCACCUUUGAGCACAUCAUGGCUCUUACUAAGAUGUCGUCGCCUACCCCGCCUGUGCUGGACCCCUACCUCCUGCCCGAGGAGCAUCCCUCAGCCCACGAGUACUACGAUCCAAAUGACUACAUGGGAGGCAUCCAUCAGGAGAUGGACAGGGAGGAACUGGAGCUGGAGGAGGUGGACCUCUACAGGGUCAACAGCCAGGACAAGCUGGGCCUCACGGUGUGCUACCGGACGGACGACGAGGAGGACAUUGGGAUUUACAUAAGCGAGAUCGACCCUAACAGCAUCGCGGCCAAAGAUGGGCGCAUCCGUGAAGGAGACCGCAUUAUCCAGAUUAAUGGGAUAGAGGUACAGAACCGCGAGGAGGCUGUGGCUCUUCUAACCAGUGAAGAAAACAAGAACUUUUCGUUGUUAAUUGCAAGGCCGGAACUCCAGCUGGACGAGGGCUGGAUGGAUGACGACAGAAAUGACUUUCUGGACGACCUGCACAUGGACAUGCUGGAGGAGCAACACCACCAGGCCAUGCAGUUCACAGCCUGCAUGCUGCAGCAGAAGAAGCACGAGGAAGACGGCGGAACGACGGACACGGCCACCAUCCUGUCCAACCAGCACGAGAAGGACAGCGGCGUGGGCUUCAGCAACGAGUCCUUCAUCUCGGCCGACUGCGCCGACGCCGACUACCUGGGCAUCCCGGCGGACGAGUGCGAGCGCUUCCGGGAGCUGCUGGAGCUCAAGUGCCAGGUGAAGAGCGCGGGCCCCUACGGCCUGUGCUACCCCAGCGGCCCCCUGGACGCCGGCAAGAGCGACCCCGAGAGCGUGGACAAGGAGCUGGAGCUGCUGAACGAGGAGCUGCGCAGCAUCGAGCUGGAGUGCCUGAGCAUCGUGCGCGCGCACAAGAUGCAGCAGCUCAGGGAGCAGUACCGCGAGUCCUGGAUGCUGCACAACAGCGGCUUCCGCAACUACAACACCAGCGUGGACGUGCGCCGGCACGAGCUCUCCGACAUCACCGAGCUGCCCGAGAAGUCCGACAAGGACAGCUCGAGCGCCUACAACACCGGGGAGAGCUGCCGGAGCACCCCGCUCACCUUGGAGCUGUCCCCCGAUAACUCCCUGAGGAGAGCGGCCGAGGGCGGCGGUCCUGGCGGCGAAGGCGCCACGGGGCCCGCGGAAGCUUACGCGCCGUCCCCACAGAAUCUGCUCGCCAUCACGGAAGAUCCCGAAGUGGGCGCCCCGAACUACAGCCCUUCUAAAGAGCCGGACCCCGGCCCGGCCCCGGAGAGCAAGGAGCGGAGAGCCAGCGACGGCGGCGGCAGCCCCACGGCCAGCCCGAAGCCGGGCGGCUCCUACCUGGCGCCCUUCCCGCACUCGCCCUACAAGCACGCCCACAUCCCGGCGCACGCGCAGCACUACCAGAGCUACAUGCAGCUGAUCCAGCAGAAGUCGGCCGUGGAGUACGCGCAGAGCCAGAUGAGCCUGGUGAGCAUGUGCAAGGACCUGACCUCGGCCAACCAGGCGGAGCCCCGAAUGGAGUGGAAAGUGAAGAUCCGGAGCGACGGGACGCGCUACAUCACCAAGCGGCCGGUGCGGGACCGCCUGCUGCGGGAGCGCGCGCUCAAGAUCCGCGAGGAGCGCAGCGGCAUGACCACGGACGACGACGCGGUCAGCGAGCUGAAGCUGGGCCGGUACUGGAGCAAGGAGGAGAGGAAGCAGCACGUGGUGAAGGCCAAGGAGCAGAGGCGGAGGCGCGAGUUCAUGAUGCAGAGCCGGCUCGACUGCCUGAAGGAGCAGCAGGGGGCCGACGACAGGAAGGAGAUGAACAUCCUCGAACUCAGCCACAAAAAGAUGAUGAAGAAGAGGAAUAAAAAGAUCUUCGAUAACUGGAUGACCAUCCAAGAACUCUUAACCCACGGCACGAAAUCCCCCGACGGCACUAGAGUAUACAAUUCGUUCCUCUCGGUGACUACUGUAUAAUUUUCACUUGUGCGUUAUGUACAGAAAAGAGACCACCACUACCAUUGGGGUAGAAAUUCCUGCCUCGUUCAAUGCGGCAAGUUUUUGUAUAUAAGAUAAAUACCGUCACCAUGUUUAUAGUCGAAAUUGGCGACCCUUACAACUCUGUAUUUGGAGGUGGACGUUGGGGAGGUAUUUUAAGUGGGAAAAAACCCACCCUUAAACUAUCUUGGAAGGCAAUAUUAACACAGCUUUUUUUCCAGAUAGCAAUGGUACUUUUUUACUCGUUACCUUUUACAUAAAGUGUUUUUAAGCAUACUUUCACAGAAUAAUUUGUUUAAACUAUAUUCAUAUGAGAGAGUUACACACGCUUUUCUUUUCCUGCCAAAAACAGAUACAACUGCCAGUAUGCAUUUUUAAUGGAAGCCUAUUUUAUAAUGUUACUUUGCUAAAUGUGUUUCAUACGAGUGACCAGUAAUAUAUUAUUUAGGUCAAAGUUUCAACUCAAAACCACCAAACUCAGUGGUUAACGACUUAAUACACCUAACCAAGCCAGCAGUUUUUAGAACUGGGAUACACAUUUAAACAUUUUUUUCUGGUUAAAGUUCCCCAGAGUGGAAAGGUUUUAAAAGAAAGCAAAAUAUCGUGCAGCUUUGUGGAAGUUUAAAGCAUGUUUGCAGAUACUGCAACCUGUUGGAAGAAUUUGCAUGUACAGGAAAGUUGUGGAUGGAGACAGUUUGUGGAAUUUUAAGUGCUCAUUGUAGUAAACCUUUGCUUUGUAGAUUUGAGGGGACAGACUUUUACAAGCAGAUUCAUGAAAUCAUGAUUAGUUGCAUACCUUAAGUAAAAUGAAGUUAAAAUAAAUUAUUAUUUUCUAUUUGAUA